ACUUUAAAAAGUAGCUCUCUGCAACAGGAGGCAGUCAGAAAUGAGCUGAUUUGAAUAUUUCAUGAUGGAAGUGAACAGUACAUGUAUUGUGUCCUUAUUUACCUAGUUUGAAUUUUACCUGGGCAGGAUUCACUGGGAGCGGCUGAGGAAUUGAGUCUUUUCAGCUCUCACCAUGACUUCUUCAGAGAACGAGCCGAGUUGCAAAUCGCGAGAACAGAACUGUCUCUCACUCAGAAGCCAUCAACUUCUGGAGAGGAAAAAACUGCUGUGUGUAAUUCAGGAGCUACGGAACCAUGUCGAGUUUGGACAAGGAAGCAAGGAAGUGGGAUCGACUCAACAGGAGAUUGACAGCAUUGAUGACAAACUGGUGCAACUGAGUGAGAGGAAGGCGGAGAUCCAAAACAGCCACGACCCCAUCCUCAGUGCCAACCGUGACAACGACAGCGCGAAGAAAGUGUCAUUCAGCACAACAAGUCAGAAGACGGCGCCCCUCGAAUCGAAUUCUACCGCAAAAAUUUACUAUAUCACGCCUCCACCUUCGACCCCUGCCCCUAAAGUGAUUCUGGAAGCAGAAGACCUUCCAGCGUGUCCGUGCAGGACUCAGUGCCCCGAGUGUCGUCAGUUCAUCGUGACAGAGACCUCCAAGUCCAUCAGCAGUGUGACCUGGAUGGUGUGUUUCAUGACAGCUAUGAUCGGGUGCGUGGCGGGUUGUUGCCUAAUUCCCUUCUGCAUGGAAUCAUUCAAAUCGACCACACACAGGUGUCCAAAGUGUCGCACUGUGAUCAACACUGUUAAAAAGCUCUGAGAGGAAAAGCAUGCGGAGGAGAACUGAAGCUCAGACUGAGACCUAAUGAUGACGCACUCUGUUUUUCUUUUUCUAAUCUGAUGUUGACUGAUUGUAUAUUAUGAUAUUUAAACUGUGAAAUGAUUGAAAUUGUGUCAAAGUUAAUUUCUCUAGGAGUCAACACUGCUACAAGCUUAAUACAUUUAUUGUAGUUUUUAAUGAUAAGUGCUGAAGAGUAAAGGUGUGAAAUCCCAAUUAUCUUUGUAUUUACAAACCAAGCCAGCUGAUACAUUUGUAUUAAACAGAAAUACACAAUGUGGAAAAGAUGUGCUAUACAAACAUAAAGGCACUGUCCCACUGUCGUGCAACAGUUUCUUUGAGACUGAAGUUUAUUAACUUCAUACAGAUGUCGUUUUGUGUUAUUGGCUGAAAAAGAAAACCAGAUGUGGCCAGCAGAUGUCACUAUAACACAGAUCAGUAUGAAGGGAGCGUGAACACUGGAUCCCACUCAUGGGUACUGUUCUUUUACUGAAGGUUGUGUCUGAACAUAACAAAGCAGAUAAUAAAUAUUUGUAAUCCUGCAGGAGUUGGUCUGCCGACAGAUUCAUUUAACCGUUGUCCGUGACAUUAAGUGAGGACUCUACUGCUUUAGGUUUAUCGUUGACAUCAUAGUCAGUCCUCAUGACCUAUGAUAUGAAAGUACGAUUUGUUUGAGCUGCUGAUAGUAAAAACUUGUGUCAGAAAUGCUUUACAUGUGGCGUCUGUUUGUGUUUACAUUCGGUUUCUGCUGUUACCAUGGUCAGUGCAGUAGAGCGCAGUAUGAACAGUAACAUGUUAAUUCAUGAAGAUCAGACAACAGAGAGGACAAACAUGAGAAAAGAUUGAUAACAACUUACAUCCACUGUCAGCUCCCACCACCAGUACCACUUCUAUGUUAUGCGAGUCUCCCACAGAAACAAACUCAUGCCUUCUUUAAAUUAUUAAAAAUCAUGUUUAUUUGAAA